ACCGGCAGAUAUCCACACAGUGCAGCCUCGCUGGUCGUAUUCUUUGCCCCAGCUUCCUCCCGCCCUACUUCGGCUGCCUCUUUCCACUCAUUUCUCGGUGCAACACAGUUGUGACCCGGUCGGAUGCAUGUGGAAGCCGGUGUCCCAGCACGUCCAGGAAUGUCCUGAAAAAGGAAGAACCCACUGGUGUACCAACAGAUGUCGAACAGGUAGAGCACGGAAAACAUCAGCAGAAAUAACGGAACAACUUCAGUAAAACAUUCCAGAGGGACCUCAAGAAGUCGGUGAGGCACUCUGAGGAAAGGCUGGCCAACACUGAGCUGGGUGGAGAGCACACCGGUCAGACAUUUUAGCAUGUUAGCCAUGUUGUAACACGUUGAGGAUAAGCUGGCUGAUUGCUGGAGCACACCCCGGACCUUAUAAUAAAUACUCGUGAUCCCGAAAUACUUGGUCUCAUCUCCCAUCCCCAUAAAGAUGCCAUUGCUAAUGUGGGCACUGCAUCACUCGUGGUGACAGGGCACUAGCGGACCAUCACGCGGCAGCCCAGUGGGUCAUUGGGUGUACAAGCACAUCAGGAGGAAAUUUCAGGUAGGCGUGGUGACACCAUGCGGCCCUGGGCGGGUUCAUGGCGUUGGAUCACCCUGGUGCUAUUAGCCUGGGGCACGCUCCUCUUUUACAUCGGUGGCCAUUUGGUGAGGGACAGCGAGCACCCGGAGCGCUCCAGCCGGGAGCUGUCGAAGAUCCUGGCCAAGCUGGAGCGGCUCAAGCAGCAGAAUGAAGACCUGAGGCGCAUGGCUGAGUCGCUCAGGAUACCAGAGGGUCAGGCAGAGGCUGGCUCCCUGGCGGCAGGGAGACUGCGCUCUCUAGAGGACCAGCUGACCCGGGCCAAACAGAAGAUCCACACCUUCCAGAAACUGACAGGAGAUGGCCCCGGACCCACGCAGGAGGAGCUGCGGAGGAGGGUGGAUAAUGGUGUCAAGGAGUUUUGGUACUUUGUUCGCAGCGAGGUGAAGAAACUGGCCAACGUUGACGUCAACGAGCGACAGAAAUAUGCUGACACACUCCUGACGGAUUUGGGAAACCAGGAAAGAUCCAUCAUGACGGACUUGUACUACCUCAGCCAGGCGGAUGGAGUGGGCGAGUGGCGAGUGAAGGAGGCCAAAGACCUGUCGGAUCUGGUCCAGAACAGAAUCACCUACCUACAGAACCCCCCGGACUGCAGUAAGGCGAGGAAGCUGGUGUGCAACAUCAAUAAGGGCUGUGGGUACGGCUGCCAGCUCCAUCACGUCGUCUACUGCUUCAUGAUUGCGUACGGCACCCAACGUACGCUCAUUCUGGAGUCCCAUAACUGGCGCUACGCCCCUAGCGGCUGGGAGAGCGUCUUCCUUCCUGUCAGUAACAGCUGCACUGACCGCUCUGGUGCCACCACUGGACACUGGUCAGGGGAAGCCCAUGAUAAGGAUGUCCAGGUUGUUGAGUUGCCUAUAGUGGACAGCCUUCACCCUCGCCCCCCUUACCUGCCUUUGGCCAUCCCCGAGGACCUAGCCCCGCGUCUGCACCGCCUUCACGGUGACCCGUCCGUGUGGUGGGUGUCCCAGUUUGUCAAGUAUCUGGUGCGGCCCCAGGCUUGGCUGGAGAAAGAGAUCCAGCAGGCCACCGCCAAGCUGGGCUUUAAGCACCCCAUCAUCGGUGUCCAUGUGAGGAGGACGGAUAAAGUGGGGACGGAGGCAGCCUUCCACCCCAUCGAGGAGUACAUGCUGCACGUGGAGGAGCAGUUCCAACAUCUGGCCAGACGUGUCCACGUGGACAAGAAGCGGGUGUACCUCGCCACAGACGACCCCUCCUUGCUGCUGGAGGCCAAGUCCAAGUAUCCUGACUACGAGUUCAUCAGCGACAACUCCAUCUCGUGGUCCGCGGGCCUUCAUAAUCGCUACACUGAGAACUCACUGAGAGGAGUCAUCCUGGACAUCCACUUCCUGUCCCAGACCGACUUCCUGGUCUGCACCUUCUCCUCACAGGUGUGCCGCGUCGCCUAUGAGAUCAUGCAGACCCUUCAUCCGGACGCCUCCUCCUUUUUCUACUCCCUGGACGACAUCUACUACUUCGGAGGCCAAAACGCCCACAAUCAGAUCGCCGUGUACCCUCACCAGCCGCGCAACAGCGAGGACAUCCCUCUGGAGCCCGGCGACGUGAUCGGCGUGGCCGGCAACCACUGGGACGGGUACUCCAAGGGCAUCAACCGCAAACUGGGCCGCACGGGCCUCUACCCCUCCUACAAGGUCAAAGAGAAGAUCGAGACGGUGAAGUACCCGACGUACCCCGAGGCCGACAAGCUGCUGGAGUCCCACAAGAAAUGAGAAAGGAAUACGAUGAACAUCUAAGAGGAUAAAUAGGAGAGAGACUCCGGCUCCUGGGAAGGAGGCUGCUUUUGUCCAAAAGAAGGAGGCCUACAUAGCACGCUAAGAUGAGAAGAAAAGACCUGCACCCACGGGUGACAGGACUGCACUCAGUGUGUGUGUGUGUGUGUGUGUGUGUGUGAGUGUGUGUGUGUGUGUGUGUGUGUGUGUGUGUGUGAGUGUGUGUGUGUGUGUGUGUGUGUGUGGGUGUGUGUGUGUGAAUGGCGAUGUGAGGUCACGGAAGACUUGCACCACUACUCCCCUGGCUGAUGCGUUCAGGUGGGGUCUGUAGAGUCUGUAGAUUUUAAACAAAACAUUUUAAAGUAAAAAAAAAAACAAAACAAAAACUGUCUCAGCACAGAGCGGAUCUUUACUGUAAAGACUGAAGCACCCCAGCUUUGAAAACUGGAAAAAAAAGUGUUUUAUUUAAUUCAUUUAAGUGGUUUCGGAUUCUGAACUUGCCUUUUACGUUGCGUUUGUUUGACUGAAUGUACUGUAUCCUCUUCUUGCCACACUCCACUCGCUAUUCGCCCUCCUUUUUACCCCACGUGCAAUUCAUUUUAAUACCACCUUGUGCUUUUAUCACUUUUUCUUUUCAAAUGGUCUUAAUUUGCGUGCUGCUCGUAUCUUCUGUGCGUGCGUGUGUGUGUGUGUGUGUGUAUUGUACUGCGAGUGUGAGGACGUGUAUGCGUGUGUUGCUUUCAAGGGGCCAUGUUAGCGACCUGCCUGGUGCCUGCUUCUUUUUUCCCGCCUCCGGACUCGGUUGUUUGUGUGCCUGGAGGCGACAGAGAAGGGUUUUGUGUGUGUGUGUGUGUGUGUGUGUGUGUGUGUGUGUGUGUGUGUGUGUGUGUGUGUGUGUACUAUGUACAAUGGAGGAGUGCAGCAGUCCCUCCCUAGUGAACAAUGGUCGUAUUAUUAGGGAGGAGUGACAGCGCUGAUGAUGCACAUACACAGGAGUAGGGAUGCUCCCAUCAGGGUUUUAUGCUGCCAAUUCCGAUAACGAUCAUCCAGGACUGAAAUCAGCCGAUACCGAUCACAUGGAUUCAUUAUACAUUUUUAAAUUUACGUAUAAUGGGUGCUGUCGGCCGUGGGUGGCGUAUAAUGGCGGAAAUUCAGGACAAUUUCAAGGUCCCUUGACUGCCAGGGGACCCUGGCACUUGGGGAAACCUGGUGUCUUCCACCGCUGAGAAAGGCCGGUUAUCUCGUUCGAUGAAUUUAAUAUUUUUUCAAAUUUUUUGCGUAGCCUGCUGACUGUCAAGCACAUACGAGUGUUGUCGCUGGUAUAUUGCCCGGGCGAGCUGCCGUUUGACUGACGAUCUCAUCGUGAUCACCACACUCACGUGUUUGUUCUUCAAAUGCAGGGCUGGGCGAUAUAUCGAUACGUUCUUUUAAGCACGAUAUCAAAAACAAACAUGCCGUCCCAGAGGUGUGUCUCACUCAUCACUGCUGUGUGUGUCAGGCCCGCCCACCUCCGUGCGCCGUGCUAGCUCUGCCGACAUUCCAAACCGUCUCGGCGACACAUUUUCUCAAAAGAGACUCGCGACACAUCUUGCGACUUUUUCUGAUGUCGUUGGAGAGUUUCUGGUAUUUGGGAACAUAAAAGUGAAAGUAAAGCCCUCGCUGCACACUGAAGUGGAGAUCCACGCAUCCUCGAGGCGCGAUGCCACCGGGGUGGAUCUCAAAACGUAAAUAUUUAAUCUUCAGUAGACUACUCGGACUUGGUCACUUACCUGGCAGUGUGUCAGAAGGUGUGAUGGAUAAAUAAACAAGUAGUCCGAGCUACAAGAUAAGAGAUGGGGGCCAAUCUGGGUGUAAUUAUUACGCUACGUCUAGACUUUGAGAGGCGCUAGGCAAGAUAAAAUACUAAAAUUGUGUUAUUUUGAUGAAGGGAUGGACAAUUUUAAAUGAGCAAACUACGAAUCAAGCUAAUUUGCAGUUCUAAAAGUAAAUCAGGUGUUUUUAUUCACUGUUUUGUCUCUCUUGCGAGGUUCUGCUUUCUAGAAAAAAGGAAUACUGUUCAAAGUGAAGUAUUUUUGACAUUCAUUGCUGACAUUUAAAAACGGGGGACUUUAUUUCAUAUGCUUUUGGUAUUAGCUGAGGAUUUGAGCAGUUUGCUAUAAAGGAGAUUGAUGUUUCUAUUUUAGUUUUUCUAUAUUUAUUUCAAAAUGAGAAUGGACUAUUUUAUUUUAGCGGCAAUUUUUUGGAUUUUUUUUAUUUUAAACUUGAGCGUUUUGGUCCAUGUCGCUUUUUAACACUUUUAGCGUGCUACGUUUUCGUGGCAUGUGAUGGCAGUUACGUUUCACACGGCAGACGUGAUGUUUUUGUUCUGGCACGCCUGCGGCCAAGACGUUAGUUAGGGUAAGACGCUACACAGCACGCAGGGAUCGCCGCGGACUGCACUUGUACUCGCCACGGGGGAUCGGCUUUUGUGAUCGGCGUCGAAAGGCAUUCGUCGGCAUAUGGAGAUCACGUGAUUUUUCACGGAAAUCGGCCGAUACUGCUCGGCGGCCCGAUCGAUGGGAGCAUCCCUACACAGGAGCCAUCGCCUGCCUCGCCAAACGAAGCACUCCACUGAUGUCCUCUCUUCAAACGUCCAUUUUCUUCUUUUUUUUUUUUUUUUUUGUACUUUGCUCUUUUAAACUAAAGGAGGACAAAUGUGUGACAAAUGAUUAUGCUCUGUCUUCUCAAAACGCAUAAUUUCAUAACUUAUGUUCCUGGGCAUUGUCUUUGAUGACGACAGAUCAAAUAAAUUUGACAAACCAGCA